AUGCCUUUGCAAGAAGCUUCUGAUGAGGGCAACACACAGAUUAGCUCCAUGAUAAAAUCUUUAAAAGACAAAGUACUGGAAAAGCAAAACGAAGUCGAACAAUUCAACCAAAAAAGCAUCGCAUUUCAAUCGAAAGUAGCCGAGGUAAAAAGCCAAGUGCAGUCUUUUGUAGACCAAACUAUUGCAAUCAUCGAAGCGAAAAAACAAGAUGUUUUUGAUGUGAUUGAUAAUCAAGCGACAAAAUCACUGGAAUCUCUCUUACAGCAAAAAGGCGAAGUGGAAAAACAAGUGAAAUUAAUUGAAUUAGCAAUUGAACAAACUGAAACUCUGUUAAAACGAGGUUUUAGUUCUGAAAUCAAGGGAUUCAGUGAAACAUUUGAUUCACUCCUGCAGGAACAGAGCACCAAAGAAAACCGCGACACUGAAUGUAUCCCUCGGUUUAGUUUCACUAAAAGUGAAAAACUGAUUAACCUGUUGAGCACGAGCGAGGGGAUAGGUAAAGUAGAGUUUGUUUUUAGCGAAACUAAAGCGCAACAAUCAGGAACUAAAGGUAAAGAAAGUAAUAAAGUAGUUGCUGGGGAUAAAGGGGCAAAUUUUUGUGAAAGUCCUUUUAAGGCUCAGGUAAAAACCAGACGCUUCAGAUCUGUGCUGUCAUUUGGACAAAAAGGUGAGUCUGUUGGAAUGCUUAACAUGCCCUAUGGGGUGGCAGUGAAUGAUCAGGAUGAAAUUGCUGUGACUGAGCUCGGUAACAACAGGGUUUCAGUGUUUAGUAGUGACGGUACCCACUUGAGAUCCUUUGGUAGAAAGGGUCAGAAUAAUGGUGAGUUCCAGGGCCCUGAAGGGAUCGCUUUUGAUAGUCAUGGCAAUAUUGUAGUGGCAGACUCUUUUAACCACAGGGUGCAAGUCUUUGAUAGGAAUGGUAACUUUCUUAGUAUGUUUGGUGAAAAAGGAAGUCGUGAUAAACAGUUUGAAUUCCCUCAAGGUUUAUCAAUAAACGGCAACGGUGAUAUUAUUGUUGCUGAUAAAGGUAACAAAUUAAUCAAGAUAUUCUCUUCUAGUGGGGAGUAUUCACGUAAAUUUGGUGGAGCAGGUUCUUUGGUCAAACCCCAUCACUGUAUCCAAUACGGUCAAUAUUUUAUAGUCUCAGAUCGUGGUAAUUAUUCCAUUAAAAUGUUUAAUCUGGAGGGAAAGUUCAUUUCUAAAUUUGGAAAACAGGGAAUCAAAGAUGGAGAAUUCAAUGAGCCCCGUUACUUGUCAGUUAACAAAGAAGGAUUGCUUAUGGUCUGUGAUGAAAAGAAUCACAGAGUUCAGGUACUUGAUCUGAGUGGAAAGUUUUUUACAAACUUUGGAAGUGAAGGUAGCGGGAGAGGAGAGUUUAAGUGUCCAGUGUCUACAGCAACUCUUAGUGAUGGAAGAAUAGUUGUGUGUGAUAAAGAGAACAACCGAAUCCAGGUUUUUGACCAGAAAAUAUGAUCUUUCCAGUGGUAUUAUUGUUGAGACGUUUAAAUUGGCUUCUUUAUCUAGAAAAAGAAACCGCAACUUUCCGAACAACAUCCUGAAUUCGUGAGGUAUUUGGCACUGUCGUCGGGUGGGGGGGCAUUAGGUUGUCCUCACGCGUAGUUUGUCUUUUCUGUGAAUGUAACAAUAAAUUAUAAAAUCGUGGCUGUAAUAAUAAUUGUAAUUAUAGCCGAAGUGACAUUCAAAUUGUAAAUAUAUUUUGUAAUCAUUUUUCAAAUAUAUCGUAUAGUCUCAUUUAAUUGCCGAUCAGGGGUAGUUUACUAAGGUUGUUCAAUUUUUUUGGUAUCAAAAUUGUUUUUUACGUUGUACCCCUUUUCAUUUUUUUUCCCAGCAGUUGCUAGUUGUUAGCUAGUGUAUUUUUGGAAGUAUUUUUCCCGCGCCCUCAGCUCAAGUACCAUCUUUUUUCUCAUCAGGAUCUUCAGGUCCGUUAAAUUAUAACAUAUAUAUUUACCGAAUUGUAUAACUUUUUGUCGAAAAUGCAUUAAAGGAUAAUCAAAUGUGAAGAAUGUUUUUUUCUUCAAAUUUAUCGUUGUUAAUGAGACCGUCAUGUGUUGACGUUAAACGUACCAGUUUACCUCAUUCAAGUGUAAAAAGAUGUAUUUAGCACGCUUGUACUAAUUGAGGACACUAUCUUUACGUCUCUUCUCGGAGAAUGGACCAUCAUUUCUAUGUCCAAUGAUCAUCCGAGCCACGUGUAGGUCUACUGAGCAGUUUGUAGGACUGCAAGGCAACAGUACAGUUGAACUUCUCUUUAAUAAAAAAACCGAAAAAUCAUCUUUUGCCAAUUUUUUCACCUGAUUUUACAUUAAAUGGCCAGAUUUGGUUGUUUUUUGAUGAAAAGUGGAUUUUUGUCAAAUCGCUUGGUACUUUUUGCUGAGGACAACCGCUUAAUUAAUACAGACACCUCACUUUUUGUCCCUGGAAAAAAAAAGCCCUUACACAGUUUUCUGUUAAUUCAACCCCUUAAUAUGGACACUUUCGUCUCAUUCCAAUCUUUUUUCAAGAACACUAUCGGCAGCCACUGUUUGGACCUACAAAAGCAAAACCGUUUGCUUUCUACAUAGUUUGCAUUUCGACCCAAAGGAUUUCUAGAUGAAACAGGGCGUGGCUGGUCACGUGAUGCAGUUAUAAACAAUUUUUUAAAUGAACUUUGAAGAUUUCUUAGUUAUAAUUAGCCUUAAUUUAUUAGACCUGGGAUACUGUAAAAUUCCGAAAAUAAGAACUGGAGCUUAUAUUUUUCAAAGGCCCUUUUUGAGGAGUUAAUUUUUGGAGGGGCUCACCUACGGAGGGAAAUAUGCGUUUCAAAAUCGAUUGGGCUAGCCUUAUAGUUGGAAGUAAAUUUACCAUUUUUGCUUUGUUUUUGAGGGCAAUUUUCCUAGUACAAGCCCCCGAGGGGCUUAUAUUUGGAGGGGCGCUUUAACGGAGGGUUUUUUGCGUCACAAGAUUGGGGGGCUUAUAUUUGAAGGGGCUUAUACUUGGAGGGGCUUAUUUUCGGUAUUUUACGGUAUUUUAAAAAAAAAAACAGUUACAUUUGACCACCCCUCUUCAAAAUUCUGAGGAAUUUGUAAAGAACCAAGCCUUAAUCAACUUGAGCCGUCAGGAGCUUUUAGAUUGGUUAAAAUUUUCUUAAAUGAUGUACACUUGGACAUGCGCUCUAUCUUCGCCGAUAUUUGUAAUUACCAUCUUAAUAGCUAGAAUUGAAAGCCUAAUGGGUCCAGGGAGAAUAAUAUGCAUGGGUCCAUAUGGGCCCAAAACGACCAAAGCGGACGACAAAGAGUUUUAUUAAGCGAUAGACCACACUUUAUAUGGGCUUACCGGGGUAAUAAUCCCCUCGGCUCGUGAUUUACAAGCUUUUGAGUGUUCUCCCAACAUCCCGCGUGGGUUAUCACGCCGGUAAACCCAUAGAAAGUGUGGUCCAUUGCUUUUAUGAAAUAACUUUAAGUUUUCUAUGAGUUUACCGGCACAAUGAACCAUAGGUUUUUAACCAACCAGAACGCGCGUACUAUCUUAGUUAUUCUAUAAAGGUAGAUAUCUGUUAAAUCUUCUAUAAACACUUCAGUUCAGGGCAUGUACUACAAGCUGUACGCAAGUGUAUCCUGCGUAGCAAGUGCAUGAAGGGGAGGGAAGAGAAAGGACAUGGGAGCAGAUAAGGUUAUCUCCCCUUUCCUCUCCUCUUGUCCUUAAUCUUAUCUUCAGUCUGUUUAGCAGCAUAGGGUUACUCAUUGAAGGAGUCUCCUUAAUCCCCUCUAUAAUCCCCUCCCCUCCGCUCCCCUCUCCUCUUGUCUUUAACUUAUCUUCAGUCUGUUUAGCAAUAUAGGGUUCCUCAUUGCAGGAGUCUUUUUAAUCCCCUCCCCUUCUCCCUACCCGUCCCUUUUUAUGUUCUCCACACAGAUUAACCCUAUGGUAUCCUUGAGCAACGAUUUCUUGUCAGGCUAUCGUUUCACCUUAACUCAUCUACGUCUACUCCUCUAUCUUUUUUGAAGGUAUCCAUAUAGGUCAUAUAGAGGCUCUAAUCGGUCGUCGCUUACAAUACCUUGGGCCUUAGUCGUCCAAUAAUUAUAGACGAGCUGUAAUGAAUUUUUUUUUUAAUUAUUACUUAUAAAUGAUGUGUGAUUUUGUGUAGGACCCCUCCAAGGUUCCAUCGUGGCUGAGUGUUCAUCGCAGUUUAGUUCCUGGCUUCGUUGUUACAGAUCCAAAGGUACAAGCUUAUUUUUUUAAUUACUGGAUAAUUAUCAACUACAAUGAGGAAUAACACUUCCGAUGGAAUAGGUUGUCGUAGUGGAAUACUAGCAAAUUGACUUUGAAACACACAUAACUAUUCGAAGAAAAACACGUAUUUCCAUCAGAAGAAAAGCUAAAAUAGGAACAUCAGUUCCUUAACAAUGGAACGUCACUGGCCACAACUAGUCCUAAAUGAGAAAUUUGCGUUUAUGUCGGAGAGAAAAUUGCCGUCACAUAUUGAUCUUGGUCUUAUUUUAUUAUGAUAAGUUCGCGCGCGAGUUUUAUUGUCUUUACCGCGAGUAGCGAGGUCGCUGACCGCCAAAAUUUCCUCGCGAGACGGCUGAGUCAUUGGAAAGCCCUCUCGUCCGACGGAAAAGUACAUUCUGACUUAUAUUUUUGUUUCUGUAGAAAGCCAACGAGAUAACAGGAGCAGAGUUUGGUACAUCAACCACUCACACAAGUGAUGACAACCUUGCAAGCCUCUUGCGAUAGCCAAUACAAGAGGUGUUCUCUCCAAAAUUGUCCCAGAGUUCAAUUCCUUUUUGUACCGUCCCAGGCUCCUCACGCGUGAAGUCCAAAUGACCAAAUCAGGUCACAGCAGGUGUUUUCUGGGAGCGCGUACUAGAAUUCGCUCUGUUUAAUAGUGUUACACUCAACUCUUCGAGACGAUCGUUGGAACCGUUUAUAACUGUUACUCUACAGAGGGGUCUGCCUUUUAGAGAGUAAUGGUAGGAGACCAGUUAAUAUUUCCAGAGUUUUAAUGAGCUCUUAGUUUGCUUUCACAAUCACACACAGGCAGCUACACACUCUGCGUGCCUUGCUUGUUCGAAAAAUGCGCCUGCGCUUAUUGUAGGCCAUGUGUCAGCUGACUUGAAAGUAGCUCGCCGCUGGUCCCUUGCGCUUCGUCACCAGUCACUCGCGUUUCGCGCUCGCCUCUAUGAGAAACCGUGGAAAAAAACGAAGAGCCUGGGGAGGAGGCUGAGCUCGCCGUGAAUCAAAUUCCGAGCUGUAUUUAAAAACUGGAUUCGAACUUUUGCUGAGCCUUGUCAUUAGCCUUCUUCUCUUUUUUCAUUCAAUUAAUGUUACUCUUUUUCCGAAGUUUUGAUUAAAAAACUGAAGAGCAUCUAACAGUGACUGGCUUUUUCUAUACUAAAAUGACAAGUUAAGUAAUUUAAAUAAAAGAAACUUUCGUGCUGGUGAACCUUUCUGGAACAGCUUUUAUCAAAGAGAUCGCCAAAUUUGGUGUACAGUAUUACGUAUGUGUUAGUACACAUGCAACGGAAACGAAAACAAAGUUUUGAGCGUUUCAUCAGACAUCGAGGAGUUAUUGGGUUACUCUUCCUUCCCAAGUUUCCUCUUUCUAAGUUUGGACCAGUUUAGAACUUAAGGCUACCCAAUUUAGAUGUUAAGGAGGCAGGUUUUUUUACCGUAUUUUCCAGCCUACGAAAUGUCAUCAAAUUUUGAGACCAUUUUAGACAAACUCCACUUAGCUACGCAAUAAAAUACACAGGCAGCUAUAGCCUAUUUCAAAUCAAACACUUCGAAAGAUAAAGACACUAUGCGACGAUUAAUUUUUGUUAAAGAUACUGGAGGAGAUGUAGCCUGUGAACAGGCUCUCUGUUUGGGGGAAAUAAAAUCGGGAGUAGAGGGAAGGGAAAGAGGGAAAGAGGCCUUUUCGCUUUUCCCUCUCCCAAGUUCCCAGCUCGACUGAAGGCCUGUUCACAGACUACAGGAGAUGUGAUUUGAUUAGAUGUGUUUCAACUCCUCUGUGGUUGUAAUUACCUUUGUUUCUGGAGGAUUUUGUUGCGCAGUAUCUGAGGAGACUUGACCGAAGGUUGAUUAAUGUAUUUGCUGAAAACACUCAGAUUAACGAGCACUAUCUUGGGCAAAAUUCGAUGGAAAAUAAAUCCGUCCUCCAUCCUGUAAAAUAAAAGAUGGGGAAAUGGCGCGUUUUGUCUUUCGCGUGGCUUUUUUGCCUCUGAUUUUUGGCCAACGGGGACUUUCUUUCCCAGUUAAUAUCUGUCCGAGAAUUGUACGCGUGUGUAAAGUUCUGAGUGUUCUGGUGUUCACAAAUAUUCAAAAAAAUUCAGUAGUCCAUUCUUCUAUCGCCUGCGUAGCAAUUUUUCCGAACGAAUAUUUAGGGAGAGAAAGCUCCAACAAAGAGCUGAUUAGAAAUUCUCGAAAAUACAGGAUGUUAUUACCGGGGACCAGCCGAAGGCUGGCACCGGUCUUAAAAUGCAGACGGUCCGUUUUUUCAACGUUACAUUGUUAGGGAUAUAUCGCUGACUGAGAUAUAUCGCUGGCUCAUUGAAAUCUUAUCCGCCAUUUUGAAAAGAACGAGGCAUGGAGGACAGUCAGACAGUCAAGAGAAAGAUUAUAGCUUUUUGGGGAACGACACGUUCCCCAACCUUUACGAUGCACUAGUUUAUGAGCGAAAAUUUAAGAGUGAAUAUUUGGAGAGACAAAUUUACGAGCGAUCACUUAAGAGUGAACCUUCCAUCGUGAAACUUAUCGAGAAAUUGAGUGAACCUUCCAUCGUGAAAUUUAUCGAGAAUCAAAGCGAACACUUAUCAAAAUUUGUCUUCAAAAAGAUUUCAGUGAUUGACAUACCGAAGUCUUCAAAGCUCCAUCGUUAUGUUAAUAAGGUGAGAAAACUUUAUCAUGCACGAUAUAAAUGUAAUAACAAACGCGAUCCAAAGAUAAUUAACUUAAAUAAAAUGGCUAUACCCAAGAAAGCUUAUUUGUUGUCUUUCUUUAGCAGGCAUUAUCACAGGAUAAUGAAACUAAAAUGUAAAGCACGUCGAUAUUUAUCAUUGUUUUCUUGCAAUUGUGUGAGUCAUAUGACCAAUUAUGUGAAUUUCAAACUAAGUAAAUCCAGGACCUACUCAAUACAACACUGAUCAUCAUGAAGUAAUAAUUAGACCUUCUAUGCAAAAUCACAGCUCAACAAUGGCAUCGUUGAGCAACGAUAACUUCUCUCCUUAACUCUUCUUUGAGGGCCCGGGGGACUCCCAUAUGAAAGUGACGGGAAUGUUCCUCGAUCGAUCGUCGUCUCGGCGCUUCGAGGUGUAAAUUGCAGUUUUUGGUCUCACUUAGGGUGUUCGGGAUGUAAAGUCACUAUAUCUGCCCAUUCAGGUAUCGCUUAGUACUGUGCGUAAAGAAAUUUACAAAACAAGCCCUGACACUGACCACACAGAAAUCUCCCUUAGGGCCGGGGUUAGUGUAAGCUUGAGCUACACCGACAUUGGUCAGGGAUAAGGGUAGCCUGAAUUCAGACGAUUACUUCGAGUCGUUUUUAAGGGUUUAAUUUGAAUUCUCCGACGAAGAUCUCGGCCACUUUUAUAUGGGAGCGCCCCCGGAUUUUAGGGUGUCCAUUUAGUUCUUGGAGGGUCUAAUCGGUUAUAGUUUACCAUGGGCUUUUGGCGUCCAAUAGGUUGAUAAUCAAAACAGACGAGAUGUAAUGAAUUUAAAGAAUGAUGUGUGAUUUUGUGCAGGACCCCUCCAAGGUUCCAUCAUGGCUGAGUGUUCAUCGCAGUCGGUUUAGUUCUAGACUUCGUUAUCGCAGAUCCAAAGUUACAAGCUUAAUUACCGGAUAACUAUCAACUACUAUCAGGUUUAUAAAGAAAGUUUUUUCAUUCCAAAAUAUGAAUUAACACUUUCGAGUUUAAAUAGGGUGUUGCAAAGGAAUAAAACGUAGAGAAUUGACAUUGAAAUGCACUUAAACAACUCAAAGAAAAACACGGUGACCUCCUUCCAUCAGAUAAAAAUUAAUGCUCAAAUAGGAACAUCAGUUCCUUAACAAUGGAACGCUACUGGUCACAACUUGUCCUAAAUAAGAAAUUUGCGACUCUGUAGGAGCAAAAUUGCCGUCACAUAUUGAUCUUGCUUUGCCUUGUUUUAUUAUCAUCAGAAGCUGGUAGAAAUUCGCGCUAGAGUUCCAUUCCCUUCAUUGAGAGCGAGGAGCGCGGUCGCUGGCGGCAAAAAUUCCCUCUCAGGAAGGCUGAGCCAUUGGAAAGCCCUCUCGUCGGACGAAAAUGUACAUUCUAACUAGUAUUUUGUUUCUGCAGAAAGCCCCAGUAUGGGAGAGUAACAGGAGCAGAGUUCAGUAAAUACUCACACAGCUGAUGGAAUAUCAAUCAGGUUCCCACGGGUGACAAGGAUAAUAGAUGAUAAGAACUGGCGGAAAACUGCUAAUAAUUUGCCCCAUCUUAGGGUGAGCUAAACAAGGUUAAUUCCCGAAGUAUUCUGGAUAAUUUUCCACACAUUGGCCAUUUAAAAUCUUUUAAGGCAUGAACUAGGUCGGUACUGUGUCUAAUAUCACUGUUGGACGGUUUGCGGAGGGGGGUGGGGAUGGUGAAUUUUCACCCGGUUUCCUGCGCAACCUUGCAACAGGGCGAUCGGUCCCCAAAACUGUCCCAGAGUUCAAUUCGUUUCUGUACCGUCCCACACUCCUCACGCGUGAAGUCAAAUUGACCAAAUUAGGACACUUCAUGUGUUUUCAGGCAGCGCGUACUAGAAUUUCGUCUGUUUUUAAAAUAGUGUUACACUCAUUAUAACCCUUUGAGACGACCGUUGGACCGGUUAUUACUGUUACCCGAGAAAAGCGUCCGCCUUGUAGAAAGUGAGGAGAGGGGACAUCUUCAGAUGUCCAUUUUAAUGGGCUGUUAGUUUGCUUUCACAAUCACACACAGGCAGCUACACACUUAGCGCGGCUCGCUUGUUCGAAAAAUGCGCAUGCGCUGUACGCCAUGUGUCACCUCAUAAAGUAGCUCGCCGCGUGUGAAAUCAAAUUCUGAGCUGUGUUAAAAGAAACUGGAUUCGAACCUUUCCUGAGCUUUGUCAUAACGCUUUUUUUCUUUUUUCAUUCAAUUACUAUUGCAUUUUCCGCAGGUUUUAUUCAAGAACUCAAAAGCAUCUAACAGUGAGUAGCUUUUUCUAUACAUGACAAAGAAAAGAAAAGAAACUUACCUAAAUGUGUACCUUCGUGGAACAGCUUUGUUCGAAGAGAUCACCAAAUUUGGUUUACAGUAUUACGUAUGUGUUAGUACACAGGCAACGGAAACGAAAACAAAGUUUGGAGCGCACUGGUUUUUUUUUAGUGCUUGAAUGCUGGCCAGAAAACUGGACGUCGGCAGCAGCUAAGAGCAACGUUUCAUCAGACAUUGAGGAGUUAUUGGGUUGACCUUGUCUACUCUUCCUUCUCAUGUUUCCUCUUUAAUUGUGAGUUAGAACCAGUUUGGAACUUAUAGAGCUACACAAUUAACAGGUUAAGCCGGCAGUUGUUUUUUUUUACCGUAUUUUCCAGCCAACGAAAUGACAUUAACUUUUGAGACUAAUUUAGACAAACCUUACUUAGCUACAAAGGAAAAUAAACAAGUAGUUAAGAGAGUCGACUGUAUUAGAAGGAGAGCACUUCACCGCGGUGUCGAUAAAAAAUGACAACUACGGACAAUUCAGAUGCUGAUUGUUGCUCUUUAGUUUCGCUAAAAACAAAUUCUACAUUACCUAUCCCCUCGCUCAUGCUCAGAAGGUUAAUCAGUUUUCCACUUUUAGUGAAACUAAACCGAAGAAUACAUUCAGUGUCACGGUUUCCUUGGGUGCCCUGUUCCUGCAGGAUUGAAUCCAAUGUUUCACUAAAUCCAAGGAUUUCAGUACUAAACUUCGUUUCAACAGAGUUUCAGUUUUUCUACUUCGUCUUUUUUCUGUGAGAGAGAUUCCAAUGAUUUUGUCGCUUGAUUACCGACUGCAUCAAAAACAUCUUGUUUUCUCGCUUCGAUGAUCACAUUAAUUUUGUCUACACAAGACUGCACUCGGCAUUUUACCUCGGUCUUUGGAUUGAAAUUGUUUUUUGGUUGAAUUGUUCGACUUCCUUUUGUUUUUCCAGUUCUUUGUCUUUCAAAGAUUUUAUCACGGAGCUGAUCUUUUUUUUUUGCGUGCGUCUGUAGUUUCUUAAUUGCUAAGGCAUCUUAACAUGACCUUCAAGGUACCUGCACGCUGAAUUAUACUCUAUAAGUUAACACACCUUGGUCUUAAGGAAAAACAGUCCCUGUUAUACUUCACUGCACCUUCAACACCUCGGUGGUUGGAAGUCUAAGCUUGCGUGGCCCAAAGGCCCACAGAAACUAAAGAUUUUAAUGGUAAAAAUUUUCUGCAACUGCCAUUUUUUCUGGAGCAUUUUGUUAGACAGUAUAUAUCAGAGAUGACUUGGCCGAAGGUUGAUUAAUUAAUGUACCUAAAGCUCCUUCAUUCCUAUUUUCGACUUUCUUGACCACCUCGCGCGAAAAAAGCUUGCCGGCAAUUUAUCCAUGCUUCAAAGAGCUGAUUAACAAUUCUUGGAAAUGCAUUUGAUGAUUUUUAUUCUUCGGUCAAACCACCAAAACAUGUCAAGAAACUCUAUUUGAUUGGUUAAUAAUACAGUGUUUAGUCUGGGUCACAAAACAAGACUUCAUUGUGCAUUUGCAAAGCCAUUCUCUUGAAGCUUCUUGAUCGCCAACAACUAGAGGCCAAAAUUUUAUGAAAAGUAACCUUGCUUCCGACCUUUUCCAUGGAUAUAAAGACCUUGCUCGACAAUCUUCAUGAUGAAGUAUCCUGUUCCGUGUGUAUGUGUACAUUCACUGAUCCAAAGCAGUUGCCUUGUUUGCACAAUUUCUGUCUUCACUGCUUGAACGAAAUUCAACGAACAAGCGGCGUCCAAGGCAAAAUUACAUGCCCCGAGUGCAGAAGACAGUUUCAGAUUUCUGGAAGUGGAACUCCCAGCGAACUUCCCACCAAUUUUCGAAUAAACAGCCUGCUAGACGUCUUGGCAAUAAAAGAGUGUAGUACAGCUAACGUGAAGUGUGGAAACUGCGAUAAAAGGAGUUCUCAGACCUCGUAUUGUUUCCAGUGUUGUUCCUUUUGGUGCGAGAAAUGCAUUUUAGGACAUGACAUAAUGCGUGCUAACAACAAACACAGAACGCUAGCUCUAAAAGAUUUUCAAGAUCAAGACAUCAAGGCUGUAUUAGAGCGACCAGCAUUUUGUCAGAAGAAACACCAUGAAAAAGAAGAGCUGAAAUUCUUUUGCAAAGACUGUAAAGUCGCCAUUUGUAGCACUUGUGCUGUAACACUUCAUGAAGGUCAUGGUAAGAUGCCUUUGCAAGAAGCUUCUGAUGAGGGCAAAACACAGAUUAGCUCCAUGAUAAAAUCUUUAAAAGACAAGGUACUGGAAAAACAAAAUGAAGUCGAACAAUUCAACCAAAAAAGCAUCGCAUUUCAAUCGAAAGUAGCCGAGGUAAAAAGCCAAGUGCAGUCUUGUGUAGACCAAAUUAUUGCAAUCAUCGAAGCGAAAAAACAAGAUGUUUUUGAUGUGAUUGAUAAUCAAGCGACAAAAUCACUGGAAUCUCUCUUACAGAAAAAAGGCGAAGUGGAAAAACAAGUUAAAUUAAUUGAAUCAGCAAUUGAACAAACUGAAACUCUGUUAAAACGAGGUUUUAGUUCUGAAACCAAGGGAUUCACUGAAACAUUUGAUUCAAUCCUGCAGGAACAGAGCACCAAAGAAAACUGUAUUCCUUGGUUUAGUUUCACUAAAAGUGAAAAACUGAUUAACCUGUUGAGUAUGAGCGAGGGGAUAGGUAAAGUAGAGUUUGUUUUUAGCGAAACUGAAGCGCAACAAUCAGGAACUAAAGGUAAAGAAAGUAAUAAAGUAGUUGCUGGGGAUAAAGGGGCAAAUUUUUGUGAAAGUCCUUUUAAGGCUCAUGUAAAAACCAAGCGUUUCAGAUCUGUGCUGUCAUUUGGACAAAAAGGUGAGUCUGUUGGAAUGCUUAACAUGCCCUAUGGGGUGGCAGUGAAUGAUCAGGAUGAAAUUGCUGUGACUGAGCUCGGUAACAACAGGGUUUCAGUGUUUAGUAGUGACGGUACCCACUUAAGAUCCUUUGGUAGAAAGGGUAAGAAUAAUGGUGAGUUCUAUUGCCCUACAGGGAUCGCUUUUGAUAGUCAUGGCAAUAUUGUAGUGGCAGACUGUUAUAAUCACAGGGUGCAAGUCUUUAAUCGGAAUGGCAACUUUCUUAGUAAGUUUGGUCAACAAGGAAGUCGUGAUAAUCAGCUUGAAUUCCCUCGAGGUUUAUCAAUAAACGGCAACGGUGAUAUUAUUGUUGCUGAUAAAGGUAACAAAUUAAUCAAGAUAUUCUCUUCUAGUGGGGAGUAUUCACGUAAAUUUGGUGGAGCAGGUUCUUUGGUCAAUCCCUAUCACUGUAUUCAACACGGUCAAUAUUUUAUAGUCUCAGAUCGUGGUGAUCAUUCCAUUAAAAUGUUUAAUCUGGAGGGAAAGUUUAUUACUAAAUUUGGAAAACAGGGAAUCAAAGAUGGAGAAUUCAAUGAGCCCCGUUACUUGUCAGUUAACAAAGAAGGAUUGCUUAUGGUCUGUGAUGAAAAGAAUCACAGAGUUCAGGUACUUGAUCUGAGUGGAAAUUUUGUUACAAAGUUUGGAAGUGAAGGUAGCGGGAGAGGAGAGUUUAAGUGUCCAGUGUCUACAGCAACCCUUAGUGAUGGAAGGAUAGUUGUGUGUGAUAAGGAGAACAACCGAAUCCAGGUUUUUGACCAGUUAUAA